CAAACCCGUUUUGGAUUUUCCUUUCCUAAUGAAAAUUUCGAGAGGAAAUUGCGAAACCCUUCUAAAGAAAAGGAAAAAGCAGCAUUAGUUAAACGGAAGAAUUGGGCGGGAGUUUAGUUGAAUUCCGAUAUUUGCGGUAGCUAAGAGGAAAUGGAUUCGAAAUUCGUGAGGGAAUUCAUAAGAAAAGAAGUACCGGAUUGGGAUGACGAAUUGAUGGCCACGGCCCGAUUCAAAGCGUUUAGCGGUCAAAGAUCCGAUUGGGAACCCAAAUUCCAAUUCUGGAAAGAUUUGAUCAUCAAAAUCUCCCGCCAGUUUGGUCUCUUCGUCAUUUCACCUUCCCAGGUCAAAAAUGAGUGGUUUAAUCGAGGAGGGUUGACUCCUUUGUGCCUUGAUCACGUACUGUUUAUGAUGUAUAAUGAAGGUGAAUUAACCCGAAUUUCGGACGUGGCGGAUCCUUAUAGCGGGAGAAUGUCUCAGCUGUUUAGGAAAGUGAAAGGUUUGAUGAAUAGAUCAACAAUGACUUCAGAAGGGAUUCUUCUUGAAGAUUGCGUCAUUCUUACAACAUUGUUAAAGGAAAAAGCUGAUGAGGUCGUUAAGUUUUUGUCCGAAAGUCAUUGGACUUCGUCUUGCAUUGUUACGAGGAAGAAGUUUGAGAGCAUGUGUGGAGGACAAGAGGAAGAGCAUGCAGUGUUGAGUUAUUUGUCAGGGUGUGGUAAAGGACAGUAUCUCUCGACCUAUAAGAAAGAAUUAAUUGAGGGCAUAAAAGUUUCCCUUUCAUCAGCAGUGGUUUCUAGUGUCUCGAGUUUAGAUUUUGACACUCUGCACAUGAUUUGGACUCAAGAAAAACUCCAGCAACAACUUGAUGUGAUUGACCGACGCUGUGAAAAGUCAAGACAGUCCGCGUUAGUUUCUUUGAAAUCUGGGAACAAGAAAUUGGCCCUGAGACACGCAAGGGAGAUGAAGUUGGGCACUGAGAAUAGAGAAAAAUGUACCUCACUUCUGAACAGAGUGGAGGAAGUCUUAAAUGUUAUUGCAAAUGCUGAAUCAACAAAAAAGGUGACUGAAGCAAUCCAGAUUGGAGCACGAGCAAUAAAGGAAAAUAAGAUCAGUGUGGAAGAAGUUCACCUCUGCUUGGAAGAACUUGAUGAGAGCAUUGAUUCGCAGAAGCAAGUUGAAAUGGCUCUAGAAUCAGCUCCAUACUCAGGCAUUGAGGAUGAAGAUAUUGAAGAGGAAUUCAGGAAAUUGGAGUUGGAAGUUGGAAAUGAAAACCGUAAAGAUCCGAUCUGUGAAGCUGGUGUUAGUGAUACAGCAGGAUCUGAUGAAUCACUGACUGAAGCUUUGUUGAAUCUAAAACUAGUGGAUGCUACACCCAAGGGAUCAGCAAUUCAGAAUUUCGGGGUUCCAGCUAAGAACAAGGAUUCAAACAGCCCGAUGCUUGAAGCUGCAUAAAUAUCCAUAUGCUGUUUUGAUUAUGACCGUUUUGUGAUAACUGUCAUUCAUAUAAUGAACAGUGGCUUAAUAGUCCAUCAUUUGAGCAAUUGGCUUCCGUUGUGAAUAACAUACGAUUUUUAAUUCAGAAUGUGAAUAUGCAAGGACGCCUUUUGAACUUA